AUGACUUCCAAAGCUGUUACUGAGAAGGCGCGUCGCAGUAAGCGCCAAGCCGGCCUUGAUGUUAGUCCACAACUGUCUUUAACUGCGAAGAAACCUAAGCAGAAUGCUCCAAAGGUUAAUGCAGAAUUACAGUCACCAGCUGCAGAAAUGGAAGAUGUCGAGCUUACCGGUUCUGAAGAAGUCGAACAAGAUGCAGAACCAGAAGAAGAAGAAGAAGAAGAUAAAGACGAUGAGACUGAACCACCAGAAGAAGAAGAAGAUAAAGACGAUGACACUGAACCACCAGAAGAAGAAGAAGAAGAAGAUAAAGACGAUGAGACUGAACCACCAGAAGAAGAAGAUAAAGACGAUGAGACUGAACCACCAAUAAACAGAGUCAGCACUCCAUCGGAGACACAGACUCAACAGUCAGAUAACCAAGUGAAGAAGACAAGAGGUCCAACAAAAAUGCGGAAAGUCGCAAAACAUAUAGAGGACAAGGGAAGAUUCAACUUGACUGAAGAAUGGCAAAAGGAUGUAGUGUUCAAGCAGAUGGGUUGUUUGUGGAGGGCCUCUAAAUCUAGACUUUCUUUCAUGGUUAGAGCUACAAAAAACAAGGCUCAACUACAGAAGAUGAAACCCAACAACAUACAAUCUGCUACAUCUUGGAACAAUUGGGUGAAAGGAAGAUGUACUUCAGCUUUUCAGGAACAAAGUGAUAAGUACAGGGAACUCAGGAAGGGUCAAAUUCCUCAUACCACUAGCCGUAAAGGCAUGAUUCGGCUUGCAGAUGAUGUGAAGAAAAACACUUCCGAUCCUAAGCAAGUAACUAGAACUAAGGUUUGGGUUGCUGGUCAUACACAUUCUGAUAGAAGACCAGUGCAUGAAGAAUUCGCAGAUACCAUAGAGAAGAUAAAGAGAAUUGACAGUGAAAUGGACUCAAGUUCAGCAGAUAAUAUUGGUGAAGAUGCUGUCUCCCAGGUUCUAGGAAAAGAUAAACCAUGA